UCUGAUUGAAGUCUUUGGAUAACUACCGUAUUAGGUAAUACUUAGAUAAUAACACUCAGGACAAAUAUAGUUAUAAGGUCAAUGCAAAACAUCCGAAUGCAAUUAUGUAAAGAAUGAAUCAAACUAGAAGGAAUAAAACAAAAGAGAGUGAUUCCAUGCGUGUUUAAUGAGAAGUGGUUGUUUGGAAACUGGCUGAUGUUCGGCAAAGCGGUAAAUCACCUGUACGGUUGUUUUCACGUUAACAACGGUAAAGCUCUGAAAAUAAACGUACAAGUAUGGGAGAAAUUUCAAAAGGAAAUUUAACCAUGAGCAAUCUCAACACUGAAGGAUAUAAUAAGAUGGAUCCAAAUAUUCAGAAAUUUUUCAGCACAGAAAAUCAUGGAGAUUUCAUCCUUAAAGGAUUGCAGCUUAAUUUUCCUGCAGGUGUUGUGCUGUCGAUGUUGUUCGUUCUGGUGUUAGUGAUGUUGCAUGAAGGAUUUACCUAUUGGAUUCAACACAAAUUGGAAAUCAUCCGUAGUCUAAAGACUUUCAGAUCAAAGAAUGACCAACAGGCGGCUGAAAGUCGUUUUCAUUUAAUUGCUACAAUGAACAAACUGUUGACAAGCGCCCUCUUUUAUCUUAUGGUGCUAUGUCUCGUGUCAAGAAACAUUUGGAUUCUUGUUUCCGCUAUUUUGGGCAAAGGUGUUGGAUAUCUUCUCCUCCGGCCAUUCGUGUCGGCGUACGGUCAUGUGGGUUUCGAAAAGUCCAUAGAGCGACGUACGUACAUUGAAAUGGGACAUGUUAAUGGAACUGUGUCCGGAAACAAUGAAGAAUUAAUAUGUCCACUCAUAGAGGCUUCGUGUUAAGAGUCUCUAACUAACGUUUAAUAUGAUGUCUAUAUCUUUCCAUAGUGUGACUCUGAUCUGAAAACUGCUAAGCUCAUUGUAUUGUGUGUAAAAUAUACAUACAAUGGAUUUUAAUCCUUAGUGAACAUUUUCGUUGACCGUCCAAGGCCAAAACCCCACCAUUCAUUAAUGCCUGUACCUUGACCGUCUACGGCGUGUCUGUGUUAAUUUUGUACAUUAUGUGUCGCACCUUUAGUAUAAGUCAAGCCCUUGUCUUACGCCCUUUAACGGUUUAUUCGUGAAAUCUUUUGCUACUAGGUUUCUCUCUGUAGUUUUAUUGUUUAACAAUAUGUUCACGCAACACUUACUACGUAUAAGUAAAACAUAAUACAAGACUCAUUUUGAUGCAAAGCAUCAAAGACGUCGCAAAUGUUGUUGAAACAAGACUAAAAGGAAGAAGAUGCAGUAUAGAAGCUUACCAUCACUGUCCUGUGAUACCUGGAUUUUAUUAGAUGACAAAUCUCGGUAUCAAUGACCCGCUAUUUAUUGCCUAUUCGUAUGAGUAUCGGAUAUAGAUUUCUAUUUGCAGUUUUUUAUUACAAUAAGAUUAUCUUAGUGUCAUCUCUCAUAAUUCAUGUAAAAUGGUGAUAUGAAAAAAUACCUCAUUGAAGUAUAUUAAGAGUAAUAAACGUAUCAAAGGAACUUUGAAAUGCAAUUUACAAUUUCAA